UAAUGCAAGUGGAGUCCCCAGUCCCUGAAGCAAUCCAGAGUUGCCUCUUAUCUUAUGUCUGCUUCAUAUGCUACACUACUACCAGUACUGCCAUGUGCUUUCUUUUCUUUUGUUUCUCCUCCUUUUAAGCUUUGAUUGAACAUUCAACUACUCUACACUUUGCAACAUGGGGGAAGCUCCAGAAAUACAACUUCAGGUCCUGUCUGAGGAUGAGAAAUUAAAUGAAGAUUCAGUUGAGCAGCAAACAAAUGGAAACCAGUCAACAACAAUCACGCAACAAAGAACCUACAAAUGGUGGCUACUAAUGACAAUCUAUACAUUUUUUCUGCUUUCCGGUCAGUCAGUGGCUACACUUCUUGGAAGAUUGUACUAUGACAAAGGCGGAAACAGCAAGUGGCUAGCAACCAUUGUUCAAGUCGUCGGUUUCCCAAUCCUCAUUCCCUUAUAUUACCUUCCAUCCUACAAAUCCUCACACACUAGCAACAUUACAACCAACCCACCCUCUCUUUUAGUUCUUUCAGGCAUGUAUUUUGGGCUUGGACUACUUUUGGCAGCCGGUUGCUUGUUGUAUUCAGUUGGUCUUUUGUAUCUCCCGGUCUCCACUUAUUCACUCAUUUGUGCUUCCCAAUUAGCCUUCAAUGCCUUGUUUUCCUUCUUCUUUAACUCACAAAAGUUCACCCCUUUCAUAAUAAACUCUUUGGUCCUCCUCACAAUCUCUUCCACCCUCCUCGUAUUCCAAAACGAUUCCUCAGGUUCCACACCAGUUCCCAGAGCCAAAUAUGUGAUCGGAUUUGUAUGCACGGUGGCUGCUUCAGCAGGGUACGGAUUGAUGUUGUCUCUAACACAACUUUGUUUCCAAAAGAUUCUCAAGAAACAAUCAUUUAAGGCAGUGUUGGACAUGAUAAUCUACCAGUCAUCGGCUGCAACUUUGAUGAUCAGUGUGGGUCUUUUCGCCAGUGGGGAAUGGAAGAGUCUGGGCGAAGAAAUGGAAGGGUUUAAACUGGGUAAGUCGGCAUACGUUAACGUUUUGGUUUGGAUUGCUGUAGGGUGGCAAGUUUUCUCGAUUGGUGCGGUGGGUUUGAUCUUCGAAGCGUCAUCGCUUUUCUCAAAUGUGAUCAGCACGUUGGGACUACCCAUUGUUCCAGUGUUUGCGAUGGUGUUUUUCCACGAUCCAAUGACUGGAAUUAAGGUCAUUUCCAUGUUGUUGGCCAUAUGGGGAUUUGUGUCCUAUGUUUACCAGCACUAUCUUGAUGAUCGAAACUCUGAUACUGGAAAACUUUAAAUCAAAUUUGUCAAAAGUUAGUAUUGGGUAAUCAAUCCUAGAUUAAGAAGUUAAAUUUCUUGUAUUUAUGCCUAUACUUUCUACUUCAAAGUUUUUGAGUUUAAUUCAA